UCUUUUUCACUUAUUAAAUCUGGCUUUGGUGCAUAUGCAGAGGAUCUCUUCUUGUUUUCGCUGCUGAUUAGGUCUCGCAGCCAUGAGCAACUGUGACUAGUGUGUUAUUAAUGCAGCUCUGGUCAUUUGCACAUCGGCUUUGUUUCCAAACACCGAUGGGAGCUGUUUUUCAAUAAUAUCUGCCAGCGCGCCCUUAAUCCCGCCUCGGACUUGACAGCAAAAACCAUACCUGUAACUUUUUAAGUUUAGCUUUCCUGCAAAGAUUUUUAUCCUUUUCUGUUUGUCUGUAAUCAAUCACUGCCAGAUUAAAAAGGACAGUUGAAUUAAUCCAAUGAGUUAGUGUAGAGUUUUAUCAGUGUAUCAUAUAAAUUAAAAAUCAGUUUUGAUCUACAAAUGGCUUUUAUUAAAAAGAAUUUGUAGUAUGACAGUUGGGACCUACAUAUAUAUUGAUGAGAGAAUCCAACUACUAUGUGCUGAAGGAGGCUGGCCUCUAGGAAGUCAAUUUGGGGAAGACAGAACAACCCUUAAAUGAGUAUUUAAACGAUGGGGAAGCUAAAAGCAAGGAGCUAUUACUAAUAAGUCUACUUCCAACUAUAUUAGUAAUGGCCCCCAGAGAAAGUCCUGAUGUGCAGCCUCUAUGGAUGGUAUAUCGGAGAAAGCAGUCCGAUGUAGAUUUAAAUCAUGUGGUUUAAAUUAAAUCAGUGAUUUAAAACACAUACGAUCUUAAAGAUUCAAAAUGGGUAGGCUUUAAGGAAUGGGAUUUGGAAUUAUUCUUGAAAAAGUAAUGGCAGCAGUGAAGUUAUAUAAAUACAAUAAGGGAUAUGAUCUUUUUUCAAUAUUGUGCUAAAAGAUUUGAGACUAGCUGGGAUUUUUUGAGCUCUUUUUGGCUAACUUGUUCUACUAUUGUGUUUAUCGUACUAAUGUCUACUAUUUUUCAGAUUAAAGCAUUCACUUAAUUUUACGCAGUACUCUUUCAAUGGCACAUAUCAGUAUCAACCAAUAUUUGCAGCAGGUACUAGAAUCUAUUGAUGGCAGAGAUGGAUUGUUUUGUGCAGAAUUAGUGUCAUUUAAACAUCCUCAUGUUGCAAAUCCGAGACUGCAGCUUUCAUCUCCAGAAGAAAAAUGUCAACAAGUGUUGGAACCACCUUAUGAUGAGAUGUUUGCUGCUCAUUUAAGAUGUACUUACGCAGUUGCCAACCAUGACUUUGUAGAAGCGUAUAAAUGCCAAACAGUUGUGGUACAAUCUUUCCUGAGAGCUUUUCAAGCACACAAAGAAGAAAACUGGGCUUUGCCUAUUAUGUAUGCAGUGGCACUUGAUCUUCGAAUUUUUGCCAACAGUGCUGAUCAACAAUUGGCAAAGAAAGGCAAAGGCAAAGUUGGUGACAUGUUGGAAAAAGCAGCUGAACUUCUUAUGAGCUGUUUCCGUGUGUGUGCAAGCGACACUCGAGCCAGCAUUGAGGAUUCAAAAAAGUGGGGCAUGUUAUUUCUGGUGAAUCAAUUAUUUAAAAUAUAUUUUAAGAUCAAUAAACUUCACCUGUGUAAACCAUUGAUAAGAGCAAUUGAUAGCUCAAACCUUAAGGAUGAAUAUAGCAUGGCACAAAGAGUCACAUACAGAUACUAUGUUGGAAGGAAGGCCAUGUUUGAUAGUGAUUUUAAACAAGCUGAAGAGUAUCUGUCUUUUGCCUUUGAGCACUGUCACCGGUCCAGUCAGAAAAACAAAAGAAUGAUAUUGAUUUAUUUGCUGCCAGUGAAAAUGUUACUGGGGCAUAUGCCAAUGGUCCAGCUUUUAAAAAAAUAUGACCUCAUGCAGUUUGCAGAAGUUACAAAAGCUGUGAGUGAAGGGAACCUUCUUUUAUUAAAUGAUGCUCUGGCAAAACAUGAGACGUUUUUCAUUCGCUGUGGUAUCUUUCUUAUUCUUGAGAAGUUGAAAAUCAUCACCUACAGAAAUCUCUUCAAGAAAGUAUACUUGUUACUUAAAACUCACCAGCUAGCUCUAGAUGCCUUUCUGGUUGCCCUGAAAUUCAUGAAAGUCACUGAUGUCGAUAUUGAUGAAGUCCAGUGCAUUUUGGCUAAUCUCAUUUACAUGGGUCAUAUUAAGGGCUAUAUCUCACAUCAGCAUCAGAAGCUUGUGGUCAGCAAGCAAAAUCCUUUUCCUCCACUUUCUACUGUAUGCUGAACUGAGAUGGAGGAAUGUUGCUCCUGGACGGGGAUUACGAUUGGAGAAGCCCUCUUUAAAAGGUGGAACAGUCUUGUAUUUAGGACAACGCAAUAGAGAACUGGCAAGGACUUGUUGAAGAGAUGGCUGCAGCACAGAAGAGAACGAAUGGCUCCAUUACUUUCUUCCACUCAAAGGAAAUGAUUAUGGUCCCCUCUCUGUAAUCUUCAAAACCGCCUUCUGGAAGGCUAUUUUCAGAAUAGGUACAGAAUGAACUAUGUAUUGUUCCAGCAGAACUUUUUUGUAGAUUUUUCUUGAUAAAAAAUCCCAAUUUGAAUAAACAGCAUUAUAUUCUGUUGAUAA